AGCACCCAAGAGCGCCCGAGUAUAUAUAGGCCCAGACCUAAGUCGUUACCAGAAAAAGAAAAUCCCUAAUCUUUAAUCGUAGAGAGAAACUGUGUUUGUGUUAGCGAUUGAAAAUGGCAUCGUCGUUCUCCAGAUGGCUCGUGGAUCCGAAGAAGAACCCUCUCGCCGCCAUCCACAUGAAAACCCUCUCCUCUCGCCUCCGUAAUUACGGGCUCCGAUAUGAUGAUUUAUAUGAUCCGAUGUAUGAUUUGGACGUGAAGGAAGCUCUUAAUCGCCUUCCGAGGGAGAUUGUUGAUGCCAGAAACCAGCGCCUUCUGCGUGCCAUGGACCUCUCCAUGAAGCACCAGUACCUCCCAGAGGAUCUUCAGGCAAUGCAAACACCAUUUAGGAGCUAUCUUCAGGAAAUGCUGGCUCUUGUUAAAAGGGAGAGUGCAGAACGUGAGGCUUUGGGAGCAUUGCCUCUUUAUCAGCGUACACUCCCUUAAAGAAAUCGCAUCUCCCUUCAAACUUUUUCCAUUGAGAAUAACUACUGUACUGGUUGUAGAUCUCCGUGGCGGAGAUAGAAAUAACAGGAUGUUUGUUUGCUUCUAUGAUCCAAUACUUCAAGUUAGUCAUCCUGUGGGCUUUAUCAUUGUAAACCUAUAUUUUUUCAUAUGGGACGUGCAUUUUCACUAGAACUCCCAUAUUGCUCUGGUUUGCCAGGUUUCAUUGGUAUUUCUGAGUAUUAUAUACAUCCUGGAACGUAAUUUUUUGCUU